AUGUCGUCCGCGCUCUAUUUUGUCUGCUCGAGGUGCGAGCUGCCCAUUUGCUCGCACAAGGAUCUUAUCAUGCUGCCUGUCGCCGGUGGUACCACAGAAACAGCCUUUGAAUACUUGCUAGAGGACGUUCUGGCUUUGGAGACCUCUGUGCCAUGCUACAGCGGCGAUGAGGUGGCGGAGGUCAACGUCACGGUUUCAGAGGAAAUACUUGCAUCCAUUUUACCACCAGCAACACAUCAGCUGACACUGGAGACUGUUGUGGUGUCACAACACGCUGAGCAGCGGCAGCAAGAGCAGAACGGUGUGGAAACCACGCAAAUGCUCCAACCAGAGGGAUCAGACCCGAGUAGCUUGACAAACACACUGCCUAAUAGCAACAACGGCAUCAGCACAGGGGACCUGCCAGAGACCAACCCCGGAGAGGAUCGUGAGCAAAAUACGACGGAUACGUCACUGCGUGGAAUGUCUUUUGUUGACAGAACCUCUUAUCAGCAAGUGAUGCGGGCGUUAGCAUCUUAUAGCCGUGUUCAAGAAACUCGUGUGGAUCUGGUAUGCGUUAGGGAGGAGGUGUUGGGGUGUGGGCUCAGCUGUUGUACCAAGGGUCGUGUCACUGAUGCUCCCUCAGCGAACUCGCCUUCAGCCUCGUUGGAGGAAGCGCAAAACCCAUCGUCUUCUACCCAAUGGUUUGCACAUCCAGGGAACUUUAUAGUUGAAGAAUCCUUUGUUAAGGUACGGCGUCGCACAAAGACCGCGCGGUGUCCAUGGUUUGAUGCAUACAAUUGUCGCGGGAGACUGCAGUGUCCGGACUGUCAUCUUGGGCUAGGCUACUUGUUUGUGCGGAAGUCAAAGGAACAUCCCGACUCCCAGGCGGCAGCGUGCGAGGUGAAGGCUCCGUCUGCUGACCUGAUGCAGAAUGGGGAGGAGGAGAAUGCUCAGGACGCACAUGAGCCACAGCAAAAAAAAGAGCGGAAAGAGGAGGGAAACGAAAGAGGGAAUAAACAACAGCAGAAUGACGACGAUGGAAUCACGUCGCAGUUUCCUUCCACGUUUUUGGGCUUAGAGCUAAAAAAGAUACGGCAGCGUCAAUGGGGUCUGCGGGAUUUUCAGAGGCGAUAUCAGCAGUCCAAGAAUAUUAAAUCUUUUCGGGAGAUGUUCCCAGAGGCAGAGGAACUUGAGAACCUUUACAGCCGUCUCACGGCACUUCGCAUGCAAGCUGAGCUCUAUAACAAUCUUCUUCGAAAGCACAAGGAACGGAAUGAUGUGCAGGGUGCACUCCUUUUAAGUCAAAAAGAACGCAUCCACACCUAUGAGGAAAAACUGCGCACCAUGCAACAAAUCAUUGAAGCACAGCGAGAGCAGUUGGAGAUGCAGGGUCGGCAAAUCAAACAUCAAGAAGAAUUAGUGAGGAACCAUAAAAGUCAGGUGCAUACACAACAGCAACAAAUACAUGUAGAACAGCUUCUACUAACAGAGCAAAGUCGCACAAUCGAGUCUCAGCGAGAACAAUUGAGGCUUAUACAGGUUCACCUUAAGGCAAGGUUGGUAAAGGAGAGGCUAGACGAACGCUGUGAACAACUUUCCAAGCUUCUUCACGGACUAGGUGGAGAAAGGCGCUCCUACGUGACCACCACUGAGACCGCAAUCGCUUCACAGCAACGCAUUUCACGACCUCUUCUUCCACCUCCGCAUCUUAUGGGUGUUGUGGGUCAUGAUACUCGUGAACACGGGGAAGUAGAAACAGAAACAUCAGAAGAGAGAGGGAUGGUGGGGGAAGCCACCAAUGAAUUGUGCCAACACCAUCCAAGUAGGGCAACAACGCCCCCUCGUGAUGAGCUCGUGGCCAGCGCAAACAUAAGUAGGGACGCUGUAGCAUCAGAGAGUCGUGUCUGUCCCCCAAGAACAUUGUCCAUGCUUACAGCUGCCAGCGGAUCGUAUGCCAGGUCUACUUGUAGCAGAAACCUCGGUGUUUCUGAACGAACGGUGGCGAUCACGCGGAAGAUUGCCGAAGAACGGGCUAGGCGGGAUGCCGGAAGGGGACCCCUACCGUCAUGUGGCGGCUCAAUCAGCACUGCUGCGUCCAAGGUCACGCCACAGACUCCGGACGAUGCAGCUCCCUCUAAUUGCCGAAACUCCUCCUAG